AUUUUGUGUUGCCAAGUCAAGAGAGUGAAGAGACGAGGAGGCUCAGCCACUUUAGGACAAAAAAGGCGACGGUAUCGCUCCACCAGAAAGUUUUGGGAUUGUUCCAAGGGAUUCUUCUCAGUCCGACAUGCCUUUAAAACGAGGUGUCCGAUCAGAUGCCUGAACCAAGUAAAUCAAGUACAAUGGGACCUGUGCCAUUUGGCUCGGUCGCAACCUGUCUACCCAUCUCCCGUUCCUGUCCACCAUCAUGACUUAAGGUUUCUGUGGUGGAUCUGAUUAAGACAAAGCUACAUCUCCAAUGGCAGGAUCAGGAGGUUUUGGUGUGGUCUCUCAGCUAUUGGAGGGUGCCCAAGAACAUUCGACCAGCGUUGGUAAAGUCUGGAUUUGGGUGCUGUUUGUCUUCCGCAUCUUCGUUCUCAUAACAGCCACUAAAGAAGUGUGGAAUGAUGAGCAGUCCCGUUUCUUAUGUGACACUAAACAACCUGGUUGUGAACUUGUUUGCUACGACAAGUCCUUCCCAAUUUCUCAUGUUCGCUUCUGGGUUAUGCAAAUCAUCUUUGUCUCCACACCAACGUUCGUUUAUCUGGGGUUUGUACUUCAAAAAAACCGCACUGACAAGAAAUCAAGCAAUGCCAACGAAGAUCAAGACAACCAAUCUUAUAAUAAUGACUCGAAAAGUAAACCUAAUGACUCGAAAAGUAAGCCUAAAGUGCAGUUGAAAGGUGCAGUCCUGAAAAUGUACAUUGCCAAUGUAGUUUCUAAGAUUCUGUUGGAAAUAGCCUUCUUUGUAGGUCAGUACUACCUGUACGGACUUGGCCUUCAGUCGAUGUACACCUGUGAACAAUGGCCCUGCCUUACCAAAGUCUUCUGCUAUGUGUCCCGACCCACAGAGAAAACAAUCUUCAUCGUUUUCAUGCUUCUAGUAGCUUUAAUAUCUCUGCUUCUCAAUGUGAUAGAGUUGGUCUACCUAUUUUGGAAGGAAAAAAGGAAACAUUUGCUCCAAAACAAAUUUAGCAAGAAGAGCUACGUCUAGGUUUAAAGACUCACUGUCAAAUAGAAAAGCGUAGUUUUUCUCAGUCUCUUAAUUAAAAUUCUCAAAACUGUGUGAUUGAUCUUCAAAUCAUUGUGUCCCCUAUGCACAUAAAAAUGUAUUCUAAUUUCUUUGAGCAAGUUACAAGUGGUUUGCUUUGCUUUGCAUUUGUUUUGCAAAGCAUUUGCUUUGCUUUGCAUUAGCAUUUGCUGCCCAAAGCAAAAGCAAAGCAUUUGCUUUGCUUUUUUCUACAUUUUAAAUUGCUUUUGUCAUGUUGAUCAAAACAUGAUAUACGGGUCUUUGUUGAAUUGUCUUGAACUCCACAACAUUUAAGCAUCUGUUCAUCGGACAAGUCUUAACAUGCAAAAUGCCUGAACAACUUGUCAUAAUGUCAAUCAUAUUUUAAUUAAUUUAAAUUACACUUUUUUAUAAAUCUGCCCCAAAAAUGUUACAUUUCUCCCAGGUGAGUCCUAAGUUUCUCCAAUGUAGGUAAAUGUGUAGAGCAUUAGAUCAACCAGUUUUCUGAAAUAGAUUGAUUGUACAUCUCAUGAACAAUCAACAGCCAAAUAACACCAUGGUACAUUUAUGACAAUGGAAGAACAAGGAUUUGGACGGAGUCAACAGCCAGAGAGAAGAGGAGUGAGGCUGUGACAGAGGAGUUAGGAGGGAAAACAGAGGAAGAGGCAGAAGAAGAUGAGGACAUCAGCCUGUUUCCAUCAGUCCAGCAUCAUCAGAGAAUGGUCUGCGACCCACAAACAGAUGCUGAAGGAGGUGGAAAGUAAAGAAAGACUGCACUGUAAUCCCUUCAUGUUUCCUUAAGGAGAUUGUCUUGUGUUCCUAUUGCUACUUUAGUUUUUUUCCUUUGUGCUCUGUUUUAUGAAUCACAAGUUACAGUAAAAUCAUAAACGUGAAUCUUGCCCAGUCUCUUGCCACUGAUCUCCCAUAAUCACAAUUUGCAAUUCUUGUCAUCAAAGCUUAAUCCAUAGUUAACAACAGGAAAUAAGGACUUGUCAUUUUGAGGCACUGAUAUGUUCAUGUUUAAGAAAGAAACUGGCUUUUCCAUUCUGUUUUUAUUGUUGGUAUGAAUUGUUGGGAAAUGUUCUGCUUUGUAAUUGUUGAAAAUGAUUCAAGAAAUUCACCAAAGCAGUUGAGAUAAACUGUAAUUAGAACAGUAACAAAUUCAAGCUAUCACUAUAUUUCAAACAUAGCUUGAGAUGUUUAUUAUUUCAUGGAGCAUUAAUGGAGGAAAUAUUUUUAGUUUUCUUUAUGACACUUGUUUUGUUUAUUUGUUGUGUUUUCUUCUGACUGAUACCUUAUAUUUUUCUCCAUCUUCCUCAUGGUUUUCAUACUAUUCUUUCUAUUCUUGUUUCAUUACAUCAUUGUAGCGUGUGAUUUUCCACUCUACUGGAAGAGUUGGAGGUACAGAGAGAGAGAGGGAAGAAUGUGACCAGGAAACAAAAGUUAAGAAGGCUAAAGGGGAAAUCACAAGGAAAUGACAAAAUGAAACUGAUCCGUGAAUUGAAACAAUUGUUUUUGCAUCACACUGUAUGCCACUUUAAAGGUUAAAAUUAACAAAAGUGCAAGAAGUAAGAUGUGAAAAUGUGACUUUUUUCAAAUUUUUUCUGCUAAUAAAUAAUUCAUUUAUUAAUUUACUUUUAAGCAAUAAGAUUCUGACAUGUUGAGGUCAUCUGUGUACACCACAUCUCAACCACUGGGUGCCAGCUCAACAAAAGGGUUGCUACCAAUAACAUGCAUAUAUUUUCUUCUGAUGUUCUAUACAUAUGUUAAAUAUAAUGGUGCACAACUA